CCCGCCCGUUCCGGCGCGCGCGCACGCGCGGCCCGGCGCGGCGCUCGGGGCCGCCGUCGCAGCCAUGUCGGCCGCCUUCAGGAAAGCCGCCAAGGCGCGGCAGCGCCCGCACCGCGAGCGGGCUCAGCCCGCCGCCCGGACGAAGCUGGGCUUGCUGGAGAAGAAGAAGGACUACCGGCUCCGCGCCCAUGACUACCACAAGAAGCAGAAUGCUCUCAGAGCGCUGCAGAAGAAAGCUCUGGACAAGAACCCCGAUGAGUUCUACUUCAAAAUGAUACGUGCAGAGGUCAAGGAUGGAGUCCACGUAAUAAAGCAGCCAAAGGAUGAAAUUACCCCAGAGCAGGUGAAACUGAUGAGGACACAGGAUAUUAAAUACAUAGAAAUGAAAAGAGUUGCAGAAGCCAAGAAAAUCGAGCGGCUGAAGGCAGAGCUCCACCUGCUGGACGCCGCGGGGAGCAGCGCGCGCCGGCACCUCUUCUUCGUGGACACGGAGCGGGAAGUUAAGGAGUUUGAUAUUGCUGCUCACCUGGACACCCUUCCUGAGCUGGUAGAUAGAGUGUACAACCGACCAACCAUUGCAACGCUGCAGAGAGAGGCAGUGAAGGGACCUACUGAUCCUGUCCACCUAAAGAAAUUAGCCCAGCAGAGGAAGAACCAGUAUGACCUCCUGAGGCAGCGCAUCGAGAGGGAGAAGGCCAUGUUUGUCAUCUCCCAGAAAAUCCAGACACGGAAGGAUCUCCUGGACAAAACUCAUAAAGUAAAGGUGAAGAAAGAAACAGCGACUGGUCCAGCUAUUUACAAAUUCAAGUUUCAGAGGAAACGUUAGCCAUUUCACAGAAUAAUUGUUACAAUCUUUGCUCAGAAAGGAGGAGCCAUAUCUCUUGGAGAGGGAAGGUGCCAGCCUGCGUUUGUCUGCAGCUCAGCACUUUGCUGAAACAAAUCACUGUGGGCCUGUGGCAGCCAUCAGUGUGUUUCAUCUAAUUAAUUGAUUAAUAAAUCAGAGUUUGUUCUGUUGAUGUUGAUGGUGGGAAGCCA